UUUCUAUCUCUAGUUUCUUCUGAUUCCACCAUGAUUGGAAAAAUCGACUGGUGUUGAGGGGUUUGUUUAUAUACAUCUCAGAAGAAGAUAAUUAAAACAGUUUUAGACCUUUUUCUUUUUUAAGAAGAAAAUGGUGUAAACACACUCGUUCAUCGAUUUCUUUAUUUCUAAGCAAAGAGAGAGAAAACAAAUCGAGGAUCUGAAUCGUCAAACACUUUACUUUGUUUUGUAUGUUCUUCAUUACAACACAUUAAUAUACUUAUUCCAAAAGCAAACAAAAUCCAACACUGUCUCGUUAUCUUUCUCUUCACUCUUUGAUAUAAAGAAGGAUCAUCAAAGCUUUCAUUUUGAGAUCUGGGCUCAGACAAAGAUUCUUUUUUUUUUAUUCUCUCCCCAGCUCCAAAUUCUCAGAUUUUGGUUUUGCAGUGAAGCAUAAUUGCUCUCGUACGUGGGGGUGAGUAUCUUUCUCAAUCACAAGAACAACGUUUUGCUCAAUGUAAAGAAGUUAAAGAUUCAAACUUUUUUUUCACAAUGGGAGAGAAUCUGCAUUUGUCUCCACGACACCGAUCUUCUCUAAAGAAGCCAUUGUUGAUUGUUUUGUUAGUCUGUAUCACAAGUGUGCUUUUGGUGAUCACUUACAUGUAUCCACAACACAACAACAGUAAGAGCUCUGCUUGUGCGGGUUUGUCUAGUAGAGGCUGUCAAGCUGCGCUCUCUGGAUGGCUUCCUGUUCAUGUCAGGAAAUUCACUGAUGAAGAAGUAGCAGCUCGAGUUGUGAUCAAAGAUAUACUGAGACUACCUCCUGCUCUAACCGCUAAAUCGAAAAUCGCUUUUAUGUUUUUGACUCCUGGUACUUUGCCAUUUGAGAAGCUUUGGGAUAAGUUUUUCCAGGGUCAAGAAGGAAGAUUCUCUAUUUACAUCCACCCUUCCAGGUUACGACCAGUUCACAUUAGCCGUCACUUUUCAGACCGUGAAAUUCAUAGUGAUCAUGUCACUUGGGGAAGGAUUUCUAUGGUUGAUGCUGAGAGACGGCUUCUAGCAAAUGCUCUUGAAGAUCCUGAUAACCAGCACUUUGUUCUUCUUUCAGAAAGUUGUAUACCGUUGCAUACAUUUGACUACACCUAUCGAUAUUUGAUGCACGCAAAUGUCAGCUUCAUUGAUAGUUUUGAGGAUCUUGGUCCUCAUGGGACUGGCAGACACAUGGAUCACAUGUUACCUGAGAUCCCAAGGCAAGAUUUCAGAAAGGGUGCACAGUGGUUCACAAUGAAGCGUCAACACGCUGUAAUAGUGAUGGCUGAUGGUCUCUACUACUCGAAAUUCCGGGAGUAUUGCAGACCUGGAGUAGAAGCAAACAAGAACUGCAUCGCGGAUGAACAUUACCUGCCAACAUUCUUUCAUAUGCUUGAUCCUGGAGGAAUCUCGAACUGGUCAGUCACAUAUGUUGAUUGGUCUGAGCGUAGAUGGCAUCCAAAGACAUAUAGAGCACGCGAUGUCUCACUCAAGCUCUUGAAAAAUAUCACGUCUGACGACAUGAGUGUACAUGUAACAAGCGUUGGCAAGCGCGGAGAAGAGCUGCGUUGGCCUUGUACAUGGAAGGGAAUUAGACGACCAUGUUAUCUAUUUGCAAGGAAGCUUCACUCAGAUGCUCUUUACAAACUGGUCAGACUCUUUCCAAAUUACACAAGCACAGUGGUCUAAGCCAGAGACAAAUUCUUGAAACUAAACCAUACGAUUCUUGAAACCGGAACUAAACACUUCCAGAUAUGCCGAGAUUGGAUCGCAAUUUACUGUAAAUUUUUGCUUUCUCUUGCUGAGAUUUAGUGUCUCUUUACAUGGUACUCUACUUUUAUUAAGGUUUAGUAUAAGAAGAAAGUUAGAAGCAGAAAUUUUUUGGUCAAGGAGAGAUUUGGUUAUCGUGAUUUUAGCCAUUGUUCGGUUAGUGUUAAGCGGUAUAUGUUGUUGUAAAAGCUAUAAGUAGUUUAGCACAACGGGUUAAGAAUUUUGGCUGUGUUCAGUUCUUUGACAUCUAAACAUAAUGAUACCAAUAUGAAAAAUACUUUUUGCUCGUAGUAAAAAAU